GUUUAGUGUUGGACAAUGUUUGCUCUUAAACUUAAGAAAAUUAUGUCGAGCAAAAAUUAAACUACUGAAAAUUGGGAAUACGUGGUAGAUUUCAGACCUUGUGUGGUAGAUGUGGUAAAUGCUCAAAAAAGUGGCAGAUCUACCACAAUGUGGUAGAAGUCCGAUCACUCACAGCGACACAAACAGCAGCGACGCCAACAACGGCAGCGGCACAAACAAAAGCGUCGAACAUAACAGCAACGGUGUCAACAAGAGUGCGAGCCCCAAUGGUGAUGAGCCCCGAGCAGGCAACAACAUAUGCGUGAAAGCAGAAAUAUUUGAUGGAAGCGGGUGUAGUAAAGAAUGCUACCCAACUUUUAUAUGUUUGUCGUAUGAUGAAGCAAAUAUGAAGAUGCAUCUUUUGGAAAAAGAGAUGGAGUUCCUGAGAUUUAAGCUGCAACUGGAAAGUCAAAACGCAGUCGUAGCAGUAGUGGCAGAUCAUACAAAGCCCGAAGUGCCCUGUGAAACGAUAAAAGAGCUGAUGGUUGAUUACGAUCGAGGUAAUAUUGCGGGCUCAGCUAAUACAAUAUCUACAUACAUGGCAAAGAUGUUCACAGUCAGAGACAACAU